AGAAAAUUACUACAACUCUCAUUCAAGACAAAUUGGACUUGUUCGCUUCUCCGCUUUGCGUUCGCGCUGUCGUGGAACUAAAUUUUUUUGUAUUAUUAACUAACGAAUAUUGUAUAGUAAAGAUUUCCCUCUAUAAAGAUGCCUUCAACUAGUGUUAAGGAUGUCAAUCAGCACGAAUUUGUCAAAGCACUUGCAGCUCACUUGAAAAAAUCCGGAAAACUAAAAGUACCAGAAUGGGUUGAUGUAGUCAAGUCUGGUAUGCAUAAAGAACUUGCCCCAUAUGAUGAAGACUGGUUUUACACCAGAUGUGCAUCAGUAGCAAGACAUCUGUACAUGAGAUCACCUGCUGGUGUAGGUGCUCUUACUAAGAUCUACGGAGGAAGGUACCGACGAGGAACUAGACCCUCUAGGUUCUGCAGGGGCUCCUCCAGUGUAGCACGAAAGGCCCUACAAGCUUUGGAAAACCUCAAAUUGGUUGAACUAGAUGCUAAUGGUGGAAGGAAGUUGUCUAACCAAGGACGAAGGGAUUUGGACAGAAUUGCCAGCCAAAUUAGGAAAUCAUAAAUGUAUACUAUUUGAAAAAUAAAGUAUUGAAAAAACCCA